AUGGUGAAGUAUUGUAGACGGUUUUGCACCUCGGACGAUUCUAAAAUAACAUCUGCCCUAGAGUUAAAUAAAAUUAAGGUUGAGGGCUACAUGCGAAACAUAAAAAUAGAAGAUGUGAGAACAAUCAGGUGCAUAGAAACUUUGGACUUAAAUAACUAUUACUUGCUCAAACUAUACCUUAAGGAUGUGUAUUUUAUUUUUUUGAACUUCGUUACUCAUUUGACAGAUGAAGAGGAGCACACAUUGCUACAUUCGGAGAGUGAGAGAAACGCCUUUCUGUUUAAUACCGAGAUCAAGAGCUACGACUCAUUCUUGGAGGAGGUAAGGAGGCUCAGGGAGGGGUGCGGAGGCCUUGACCCAGGGGGAGAUGCCUAUAGAAGAGAAGGACCAAACAAAGAAGGAGUUACUCAGGACGCAGGUACGGAAGGUACCUUAAAGGGAGGAGAAUCUAAUCUGGUCGAGACGAUCGGUGCUCGUACCAACCAACCGAAUAAGAACUACCCCCGCUUCGAUUACGUAAACGAACUUUUCUAUCAUCUCUACACAGAGGAUGACAUAGCACUUCUAAAUAUAGACAAGGAGGUGAACCUCCGAGUGAAGAAGGAAAACAUUUUUGAAAAAUGCAUCCGAAUCAACAACAACAUUAUCAUAUACAUGUUGUCCUACCUCUACUUCAACGACAAGUUGAAGCGCCUUCGGUUGGACUACAACUUCCAUUAUAUUCUUUCUAAUAGGAGCGGAGGGGUGAAGCGUGGCAGAGCGACUACCUCUACGGGUAUGGUGCAGGUGGAAAAGGAGGAUACCCUCAUCGAACAGAAUCGCCUCUCCCAGGAACAUCUCUUUCUCAUUUAUCUGUCCCAUUUCAAAUUCUACAUCGUCUCCUUUUUUCUGUACUCCUACGUAAAGUUCAAGGGUAGGAAAAGUGCAACCGCAUUUCGAAGUACAGGUGGGAUGACAACUAGAGGGGGUGCGCGGAGUGCGCCCCCUCCGGAUAAGGAACAGUUCCUGUAUAACCACGAAGACAACUGGAAGAACGUAGCAAGUGUGUCUUCCUACAUUUCCAACUUUGUGAAUAAGGUGUUGCAUGACAUAGACGUCGCGCUGAAGACGAACCGAUCUGCUUCUAACAUAGAUGCAGAAAGCGGAAAAAUUAAAACGGGUUCAUGUACUAGCGAAAUGAUUAACGAAAUAUUGAAGAACAAACUUUCGUUUAAGCAAGUCACUUUAAGUCAUCUUGACUUCUGCCUCUCCUGCAUGGUCCUUCUGAACGUGUACUCCCCAGAUGGCAUUCAAUCGUGCCUUCACUACGGUAUCACCUACGCGCACUUUUGUAGCACCUUCAAGAGAUAUUCAGCGUCGCUUGCUUUAUGGAGGGAACUUCAAAGAGCAAACUACUUCAGCUUCUUCGAGGGGAUAAAACAACUUUCCUUUAUCGAGCGAUGUUGUCUAUUUCCCAACGUAAAACGAAUUCGUCUGGACUACCUCUACAGCAUUUUAUUUUCAGCGAACAAUCGGAACAAGUUUGCUCUGAAUAUCAGCUUCAUAGAUCAGUGCAUAGGAAUGUAUAAUGAGAACAGAACUUCAUAUAUGCUAGAAUGCUUGGGCAUGCACAUGAAGGAAGGUCGAGUUUGUUUUAACAUGUCUACCAAGGGAGUGGAUGGACGGAAACCUCAAGAUGCCCCGAGGUGUGCUUUGCUAGACAACAAACAGGAAUGUGUUGACUUCUUUAUGAAAACAUAUCAAGACAGGAUAGAGGACUACGUCUAUAUCUUUUAUGAUGAGAAGAGCUUUGAUCGGGAGAGGUGCUACCGCAAGUUCGACGUACCUUCCAUGGUAUGCUUCGGGUAA